AUGGCAUCCACCGCCUCCCCGCGCUUCCCCUUCUCCCUCCCCGGCUCCGGCUCCAAGAAAAAAUCCACCACGCACCCCUCCCGAGAAGGAGACGAGUGGUACAUCCCGUAUAACGGCCCGGUCGAGCCCCCGCCGCCGAAGAAGUCGGCGCGGAGGAGGGAUAGCUGGGGCGAUGUUGUGGAUGAGUAUGGGGAGGGUGGGGUUGCAAAAGGGAAGGAGGAUGGGAGGAGAGGAGAAGGGGAGGGAAAGCAGGGAGGCAAGGAGAGCAGGGACGAGUAUUGGGAUAGGGAUAGGGAUGGGUAUAGGGAGAGCAAGGAGCGUUUUCGGGAUGGACUUGGGUAUAGGGAGGACGAUCUGGAUGAUAGGGAGCGCACCCAAGGACCGCGAUGCACAUAUAGCGGGAGGAGGCGGCGUGCGCGCGAGCAGCGUCCUCGUAGGCGGACUCUUCUCCCAUCCACACUCGUACUCGCACUCCUCGCCCGCCUCCGGCUCGAACCCGAGAGGCAGCGCAGACUCGCGCGGGCGCCCCUCCGAACGCCCGCGCACGCGCACCCUGUCUGGCGUGUCGGGCGUGUCGCACCGCACGACGUCGUCUGGCGCGAUCGACCCUUUACGGCGGACGUCCUUCGGCGUCACACCGUCAUCUACGCUGCGACGGUCGACUGUGUCCUUGGGUGCAGUGGUGUGGGGGGUCUGAAGGCGCAGAGGUCGAUGACGGCGAUUAGCAGCGGGUACGGGUCUAGCGUCGGGCCGACGAACGGGAACGGAAACUCAAACUCGAACUCGCAUUCGCAUUCGCAUUCACAUUCGAACUCGCUAUCCUACACCACCUCGCAGAACCAGUCUCCUCAACCUCAACACCAGUCUUCCCAACCUCAACCACAACUGCAACACCAACUCCGAAACCAACCCUCCAACCCCACAUCCAACGCUGCCGCCCUCUCCCUCGCCCAAGCAGAGCGCUUCAGCGCCGCCACCAACACCACAUCCACAACGACAGACGAGGACUACUACAACUCGUACUACGCAACCCUCUUACACAGGCCCGGGUCGGAGCGCGUCCCGCUCAGCCAGAUACCGGACGUGCAUCCGUAUCAGCAGUUGGCUCCCGGUGUCGGCCCGGGUGUGGGAGGGGGUAUGGGAGGGACGGAGCCAUCGAUCCAGGACUCGCCAUACUCUGACUCGUCGGAACGACGGCUCCUACCGAACCAGAAUCGGAGUGGGCAUAGGUAUAACACGUCGAGUGGGACGAGUAAUAGCGGUGGUGCAGCAGCGGCGAACGUGAACAUGAAGGGUGCGAUUGCACGACGCGACUUUGCGUAUAUGGGCGGGGCUGGAGCGCUUGUUGGAGUUGGAGUUGGUGCGCUUGCGGUUGGAGGACCCGGAGGAGCAGGAGGACGGGAAGGUGGAGUAGCCGGCGGAGUGUCGCGGGCGAACUCGACCUCGACCUCGAACACUGCGAGCACAACCUCGGCUUCCGCUUCAGGUUCUGGAACGGGCACUUCGCAUGGACGCGGUCUUGUGAUGACGACGGCCAGCCAGCAAACACAGGGACAUCCGUACGCCAGCGCGUACGCCUUCCCCUCGCAGACCCGCGACGAUCCUUACAGCCCGCACACACCACACUCCGCACCUAUCAUACACACACCCCACUCUCUGGACGGCGUACCCCGACUCACCAUCUCGCCCGUCGACGCGUCCAACCCACACCCAAAUUCCUCGCACCUUACCCAGCGCCGCCAACCCGCAAGCGCAGACGCCGCACACCACACCUUCUCCUCCGUCUUCUCCUCCCUAUCACCCCGCUCUCACACCUCUCGCCUCAACUCCCAAGGGCGGUUAGGUGGUUUUGCGACAGGUGGUCUCGUAGGUGGAUUAGGAUUGGGCCUGGGAAGGUACCUGAAGAGCUCGAGCUCGACGCCGAAUUUGCGGGAGAGCGUCAUCGCUAUCGACGCUGCUGAGGCUGCGAGGGCAGGGCAAGAGAGUGCAGGUGUAGACGGCCCACCGCCCUAUGCGAGCCCGACGACGUGGGCGCAUGCACAUGGUGCUGGCGGUGGCGGGGCGGAGGUCGACCCACCGCCGAGUGGGCAUCCGUACACUACCGCCACCCCCGCUAUGAACCAACGCGAAGAACCCGCUGCGAUAGCUACGACUCAUCUCUCAGUUCCUCCACAAAAACAACCGGCCACGGUACCGCCCCCGUUCGUACCCCCCAAAGGCCUCGACAAAUGGCUCUCCGCCGAAACGUGGUGCGACGCCGUGCUCUUCCCGCGUCCACGGCUGCGGCUCAAACACGAGCUGCUCACGUCUUCGUCGUCGUUCGGUGACGGACACGGUUAUAACAGGAUAACGGACGCCCCACCUACGAUCAACGUACCACUCACAGGGAGUGGGAGGAUCAGGGAGACGAGAGAGAUAGUGGGCAGGGAGGGCAAGGAAAACAAGGAGAGAGAUGGCAAGGAGGGCAGAGAUGUGAAGGAGAAGGAGGCGAGAGAGGAGGGCAAGGAGAAAGAUGGGAAGGAGGCAGGCACAACAAGACCCGCUCCCAUCCGCCCACCUCGUCCAAAGAGCUUCGCGAUGGACGACCUGGCGCUGCCGUCGCCCGUGCCUUCGUUAGCCCACAUGGCAAGCCCAGGCGCUCGCCUCGUUCGGGAACAAGCGCGCGCGCAGCGUCUCGCGCACGCGUGCUAA